AUGAAAAUUUGGAAAAACUUUGAUAUAUUUUCCUAGCAAUUCUUCUUUAACAUUGAAGAUUAAAAUUUGUAAAAGAAGUCAACUUUUUUGGGUUUUUGCUUAUCAGUAAUUGUAUUUAUAAUAAUUUUAGCAUACUUUUCUUAUUUGCUAGUCCAGUUUUCAAAUAACUAAAUACAACCCUUCUUUAGAUAAUAAAGCUUUAUUGAUAAUAGAUUAAUUGAGACGCCAUUAAAUAACAAUUUAGUAGCUUUUAAAAUGGACUCUGGAGAUUUUGUUUAUUAGCCAAACAAAACAUAUUUAGUAGUAAUGGCAUAUUUUUAUUAAUAAAAAUAAAAUACAACCUUUAUACCUUUAGAUGUAAUAGAUUGUACAAGCUAAGAUCUCUAAGGUUAUAAGUGUUUGGAUUUUUCUAAUGUUUCUAACUAUACAUUUGCUUUAAAUACUUAAGAGAAUUUAUAUUCUUAAAUAUAAAUCUUCAUUUAUGGCUGUAGAGAUAUUGAUAAGGUGAAAACUACCAUUCCUGAUGAUUGCGCUACUUAAGAUGAAAUAAAUACUCUUGUAAAUGGUGUCAAUGUAGGAUUAAGGUAUAAACUUUAUACUGCUUAAUAUAAUACAACAUCUUAAUAAAUGUAAUCGGAUUACAGGAAUAUUUUAGUUUACACAUUUGCAAGCUAAGCAAUAGUAACUUUUUUGAAUAUGCAAACAUAAACAACAAAUGUAAAAUAAGGAUUAAUUUGGUAAUAAAAUUCUUAUUAUUCUUCUCCAUUGUAAUAUGGAUAAAUUAAUUAAAGCAUGGAUAGAAUAUCAGCUCUGAAUGAUGGAUAAGGUCCUUUUAACUCUUUUGUAUUACAAAUGGAUGAAAUAGUUUAUUAAAUACAGAUUUAAUAUAUAACACUGCCUUAAAUUUUGGCUUUUGUUAAUGGCGUUUUUUCUCUGUUAAUGAUUAUAGGAUAUGUUGGAAGAAAAUACUCCUAAAAAUAAAUAAAUGAGCAUUUUGUUAUGCUGUUUUUAGAGAAUAUAUUUCCAGCUUAAUAUUUUAAAAUGUUCAAAGCAAAUGAUCAACACUUAUGCAAUUAAAAUACAAUUACUUAGUAUUAAGAAAAUAAGAGAAAUACGUUAGAAAAAAAAUAAAAUAAGUUUGAUGUAUAAGAAAAUACCGUUUAAAAUUAAAACGAAAGUGAUAAUACUAUUUAUCUAAGUAAAUAAGAAAAUACGUUUGUUAAUUGCAUUUAUUCUAUCGAAAAUGAGUAAAAUGAUUAAGUUAAUCAUUUACCAAACUUCGAAGUGAAGCUAAAAGGGUCUUUGCAGUUUUCUUAAAGCAACUAGAUUAAGUUUAAUCCUUUUGAUAUAAGUAAUUUAUAAACAAAGCCGUCAUCAUUAUAAAAUAAAUCCAAAAAGUAUGACUAAGAAAAUAUACUAAAAUUAAAUGAUGAAUCAUAAUUAAAAGAUGAAUAACUUUUUUUUCAAUUUUAAGAAUCAAAUAAUUAAUCUCAAAAUUAAAGUUUUAUCUAAUAACAGUCAUUUUAAAAAACAUGUCUUUAAAAUUUUUAACAUUUAAAUGAUACAAAUUAAAGCUGUCUUUAAAAAAAUAGCUUUAAUGUCUCUCCCAUAUUAAAAGAUUUUGAUUAUAAAAAUUAGUUAAAAACUAAGUCUUCUGCUGAAAACUGUCAAAAAAAAACCUAGACAAGAAGUCCAACUUAAAACUAAAGCUUAUAUUUGAUAGGCAAAGCUGAUAAAUAAAAAGUCAUUUAAAUCGAUAAUAUUUCAAAGGAAAAUUUGGAGAAAAUAACCAAGCAUGACUUAUGCUCAAAAAGAUAAGAAGUAGAACCUUUAGAGCUUAACACUUAGCAAAAAAACAUCAUUCAUGCUCAAAUAGCAAAUGAUCUGAAUAUUUUUUCACUUUAUAAAGACAUUAUAUUUUUAAAAAAAGCUAUGAUGAUAUUGUUUAACCAUGAACAAUUAGCUGCUAUAAAAACUUUAGGUUGUUCAUCCAAUUAUUUAAGCUUGAUAAGAAAUAACAUUGAUUUAGAUCUACAAAAAAUAAAUUAAUUGAGGAAUAAAAGAUAAAUUUUUUAGAUGAGUAGUUCUUAAUAUAUUAAUCCCAAAAACUAUAGCAAUAGUAAACAGAGUAGCUGUUAAUAAGAUUCUAAUAAAAAACCAAUAUUAGUGAAAUAGAUGAAAGAAUAGUAUCUUCUUUACCUUGAAAACAUUUUUAAUUUUUAAUAAUUUAAUAAUUUGAUAAAAUCUAUACAUAUUUAUCCUGCUAUAUUAACUUUCUAUUUCAAUUAAGCAAGUUAUUAUUUUUGUUUGAUAAAAUUAAAAUAAAAUUAAUUAUUUUUGGUAAAAGAGGCUCUUUUAUGA